AUGGUUUCCCUGAAGAUGAGAUUGAUGUGUGUUUACCUGGUGGUCCUGGGAGCCCUGUGCUGGUACCUUAGCACGCACCAUGUGACUCCUAUAGAAAUAAGUCCAUUUGUUUCCACUAGAGAAAACAGGAGUUUCCUGCAGCUCCCAGACAUGGACUGCAAGCAGCAGCCCCCCUUCCUGGUCCUGCUGGUGACGUCGUCUCCCCAUCAGACGUCUGAGCGCAGUGCCAUCCGCAGCACCUGGGGAGGAGACAGGACAGUGGGAGGAAAAUGGAUAAAAUCGUUCUUCCUCCUGGGAACCACGUCUAGUUGGAACGUGUCUCUGGCGGUGGCUCAGGAGAGCCAGCAGCAUCGCGACAUCAUCCAGAAGGACUUUGUGGACGUUUAUGACAAUUUGACCCUGAAAACCAUGAUGGGAAUGGAGUGGGUCCACCGCUAUUGUCCUCAGGCCGCUUUCGUAAUGAAAACAGACUCUGACGUGUUUAUCAACGUCUACUACCUGACGGAGCUGCUUCUGCAGGAGAACCGAACUUCUGGUUUUUUCGCUGGCCUCCUUUAUAGAAAUGCCUCACCUGUCAGGACAAAUCCCCAUAAAUGGUUUGUCAGCAAAGAGGAGUAUCCACAGGACACGUUCCCGCCCUACUGUGACGGCACUGGCUAUGUCUUCUCCAGUGACGUGGCCACUCAGGUGUAUAGUGUUUUUGGUAGCGUCCCGUUCAUUAAGCUGGAAGAUGUCUUUGUGGGGCUCUGCCUCCAAGAGCUUAAAAUCAGCCCCGAGCAACUAGACACGGAGCAGUCCUUCAUCCGAGGUGGAGAGCCCUUCUCUGAGUGUCUCUACAGGAAGAUUGUCUCCAGCCAUGGUGUCCAGCCUCAAGACAUUAGACUCUUUUGGCAUGGUCUAGAGAGUUCCCUGGGAGAGGAGUGUCCAGGUCAAUGA